AUGAACUCCAAAUCGCUUGCAUAUGACGGCGCCCUCUUCUUCCUGAGGGUCGUAAUCAAUAUCUUUUUCAGAGAAAUUAGGCCCCGUGGUGCAUUUAACGUGCCUAAGGAUGGCCCCGUUAUUUUUGUUGCAGCACCGCACCACAAUCAGUUCCUCGAUCCAAUCCUACUUGCGUCUGAGAUCUACCGAGAAAGUCAUAGGAGGGUGUCCUUCCUGACCGCUGCCAAAAGCAUGAAUCGAUGGUUUAUUGGAUUCUUAGCGUCUCUCAUGAACAGCAUUCCCGUCGCUCGCGCGGCUGAUUAUGCAGCCCCCGGGACCGGCUUAGUUGCGCUCUCUUCCGAUGACCCUUGCCUUGUGAUUGGAACCGGGACACAUUUCACCUCCGAACUUGCCCCUCGUAAACAAAUACUCUUACCGAGGUCAGUCGGUAGCGUUGUUGCCGAGGUCAUUGAAGUCUUAAGCGACACCGAGGCUCGGAUUAAGCGGGAGUUUGGUGGAGAACAAGGCAAAAGCACCACGCGUAUUCGAGAGCAAGUUGAACAAGAUGGGAAGCCGGGCCUCACUUUUAAAAUUCUUCCAUAUGUGGAUCAACAAGAAAUGUAUGGCCAUGUCUUUCGUUGCCUUCAAGACGGUGGAUGUAUUGGAAUCUUUCCCGAAGGUGGAAGCCACGAUCGCACGGACUUGUUACCGCUGAAAGCCGGCGUCUCGGUCAUGGCCCUCGGUGCCAUGGCUGCCAACCCUGAUCUCCGCGUCCGUAUAAUCCCUGUUGGCCUUUCAUACUUUCACGCGCACCGAUUCCGUUCCCGCGCUGUGGUCGAAUUUGGCUCGCCUAUUGAUGUUCCCAAGGAGCUUGUCGACUUAUUCCGUUCAGGGGGAUCGAGUAAGCGCGAAGCAUCGUCUAAAUUUCUCGAUAUCAUUUACAAUGGCCUCAAAACUGUAACUGUUCGUGCUCCUGACUUCGACACUCUCAUGCUUGUGCAAGCAGGAAGACGACUUUACAAAACACCUGGGCAACACCUCACUCUGGGACAAGUUGUCGAACUCAAUAAGCGGUUUAUUGAAGGAUACCUGCACUUCAAAGACGAACCUCGAGUUCAAGCUCUGCGCAAAAGCGUCUUAGAAUAUAAUAGAUCUCUGCGCGACCUGGGUAUUCGAGAUCAUCAAGUUCCAACUGCACGCAGAGCAACUUGGAAAACCCUUGGUUUAUUGGUAUAUCGUGUUGGUCUUCUUGCUGUUUGGACGGCAUUCUCACUUCCUGGUGUGAUUCUAAAUGGACCAAUCUUCAUACUGGCCUCUAUUCUCUCAAGAAAGAAAGCCAAAGAGGCACUGGCUGCUUCGACUGUGAAGGUAGCUGGUCGAGAUGUCAUGGCUUCUUGGAAAGUGCUCAUUUCGUUGGGAGUGACACCAUUCCUGUAUACCUUCUACGCAAUUCUUGCCACCAUCGUAGUAGCACGAGCGGGUGCCCCACUUUCAUACCAAUUGUGGACGCCCUUCUUGGUUAUGGCUGCCCUUCCCUUGAUUGGGUACUCGGCCCUUAAAUUUGGAGAAGCAGGGAUGGACGUCUUAAAAUCAUUGCGGCCUCUUGUUGUCCAGCUAAUUCCGGGGCAAACUAAGCAACUCGAACGAGUGAAAAGGCAGAGAGCCGCUAUCGCAAACGAACUUGUAGAAUGCAUCAAUGAGUAUGGGCCUAAGCUUUGGGAUGACUUUGAUGAAUUCCGUAUUCUCGUUCCGUCGGCAUCUGUUCCUCCAUCAACUGGGACGCCUGGGAUCUGGAGAAGAAAGACUGCAGUUGGAGGAGUCGAUGCACAAGGGAACCUGUUGGUGCAUCCCAUGAAAUGGCUUGAUGAGAGGCUAUUUGGCUGGAGCCACAGUGCACGCAGAGGAACAAGUGCAUGGGCUGGCGGUGUUACGAGUCAUGGUCCUAGUGCAAUGCCGUCCCCUGAAGCUUCCGAUAGCGAGGAUAACGGCGACUAUGAACAUGUUCUAGGAUACCUUCCUCACCUUGGAGUUAAAGACGGGACUCGCUCAACUGGUCGCUCGCGUAGUACGUCAUAUGCCGACUUGCAAUCAAUACGCAAAGGAGACAUAGCCCCAGGCCCUUCCCCCUCUUCGCCCACUGAGGAUUUGCGCUCACGUAGUCGUUCCGACGUAAACCUGGCACAUCUGGCCCCGGUUUACCACAAUCGAAGGUCUGGGCCCAGUUCACCGGUUCGAAAUGCCCUUGCCCUCUCAAGCAUGCCUCCACCGAUCACCAUCCCCGCUGCCUCGGAGUCGAUUGCUACUGCCAGCACUGCCUCACACUCGCCAACCAAUACCUCUUUCUCAUAUGUGAUGGCCGACGCCCCUCAAUCUGCAUCUCGCGAGAGUCCUAGACAACGCCGCAUGUCACUCAAUGAUGGAGUUUAUGUACAAAGACUUGCGCAAAUGCCCAAAACGGAACUAUUCGAGGAAGCAACCGAGGAAAUCAACCGUGAAAAUAUCAGCCGCCGGAGGCAGGGUUAUGGCGAUACACAAGAUGAUGUGGAAGGUGUCAUAUACCGCCUUCACAAAGCGUUCCUUGUGCUGAAAUCAGAAUGGUUUGCGGCACUGUUCGAUAACUCAGCUCCAAACGACUCGAGUCCAAUGAUCAUCGAAGGCCAGAGCGAGCAACAGCCCAUCUGUUUGUCCGGUAUCAAGCGCGAAGAAUUCGAGCAUUUGUUGGGAGCUAUGUACCACGAGGACCUUGCCUCUUCAUCGCCUAUGUCUAAGGAUACGCUACUGGCCAUUUUCCGGCUGGCUGACAUGUGGCUACUGGAUGAAAUACGCGCGGCAACGCUAAAAAAACUACACCCUCAUUUUUCCUCGCCGAUGCCCUUGGUUCAGAUCGAGAAAUUGCGCUUCGCAACACGCUAUAACAUUCCUCUAUGGGAAACGGAAGCAUGCAUGAGUCUUGCAACGCGCCCUGCUCCUUUGCUACCAUCCGAAACAGUCGAGUUGGGCCCAGCACUUACAUUUUCGCUGAUGUCAGCACGGGAGUCGAUUAUGAGACGACGCAUGCGCAUUGCGUUUGGGCCAGAGAGCCGCUGGAAAUGCUCCGAUCGUUCAAGAGGGUGUUCCCGUCAAAUAAUUACUUCUUUUCGGAGCGCCUUAAUGGCCGAGACUGACCAGGAACACUGUUUGCUAGUGGUAGAAGAGGAGACGAUCUUUCUCGAUCUAACCGCAUCGUUCCAAGCUGCUUGGAACGAAAGCAUGGCGAGGCUAAGAUUCAAGAAUCGUUCCAAGUACCCAGGACUUUGUGAUACUUGUAUCAAGUCAUUUGGUGAUGGAAAUGGCUUGGGGGCCUCAUCUUGGCUCGAUUACCAGUCGGAUGUGGAGAUAGUGCGAAGAGAGAUGAAACCUUGA